GAAAGCUCGCUACGCUCAAGGUGACGAGGUCAAUGGUUAGGAGGUUUAUUUCACACGUUGUAUUUGCCAUUUUGUAACGUUACUCCUGGAGCUACACUCUACAUCACGAGUUUUGCCUCGCUUGAAAAUGGAGACCUUAUCACUAGACCAGGAUCGAUACAAUGAAGGAUACGCAAUCCUCUUGGAGAAGUUGGAACGAAGGCCGAGGUUUAGAAAAUGGGCCCAUGAGGUGUUCCCUGUAGCCAUCGUGCAGAAGUUUGCAUCUGAUCAAGGAGAUGACGAUGGAACAUUCCGUACACUAGGAAUAGGGAGCGGUAAUGGAGAGUUUGAAUUACAUCUCCUGAAGCAGUUGUCGACCCGCUUUCCUCGUAUUAACCACGUAGUCAUCGAACCAUCAGAGGAGUAUAUCCAGGCUUAUCAAACUGAAGUAGCGUCAUCAUCUUUCCAAGGGUCCAUCCAUUUUGAAUGGCACGAAGGGACGUUUCAGGAAUACAAACAGAAGAAACUUGAAGGUACUUCGUCAGAUGGUAGAUUCGACUUCAUCAAUGCGAUACACAGUCUGUAUUAUGCGGAGAAUGCGAGAGAGACCGUGGAGUUACUUUACAGGAGUCUGGCCCCGGGAGGGAUCCUUAUGAUUGAGAUGAGUGACGAUAAAACCAGUGGACAAAGGUUGUUUGAAGACUUUCCAGAACUGCAACAAAUGUUCACCCUCAACAAAUGGGUCACUUUUUCCGACGUAACUGGCGCCCUCUGCAAUAUGAGCAUACCAUUCUCUCGCCUCACCAACCCUAUGAUCUUUGACAUGACCGAAGUCUUCGAUGAAACUUCGCGUGAGGGUAAUUUAUUGCUGGAUUUUUUCACGCAUGUUUCAAACUUUCGCAAGACUGCUGAUGACGGCCUGGUACAGAGAGUUUUGAAGUUUCUAAAGAUGAAGGCUGAAGAGCUGGCGGUGAUGCCGUUGGAGCAGGCUAGUCUGACAACAGGAAACGUAGGUGACGGAAAGGAAAGCACUGGACUCAAAUUCAAGAAAAUUUGGGAAACCUUGAUCAUAGAAAAGCGUUGAGUUCACCACCUCAAAACUACCCAACGACAAAGUGCUACUGUGAAAUUCAUUUACCUAUGACUUCCAGCUUAAGUUUACUUAGCGAUGUUAUAGUGUUACGAUUUUGUGCGUUCUUUGCCUCAAGCAUUGAUAAACGCAUCUUGAGAGAAUUGGUUUUUAAAAGAAACUCCUCAAUAAAGUUCUGCAUAUCAAGUUUGAGCGUUGGUCCCUCUCUUGUUACCGUAUCGUCAUACUUGACGUUGGUAUCAUCGAAAAGCCUAUUUAUUUCCGUUCACAAUGAAACUCCGUUUUGUAAUGAUUAUGUUAUCAUGGAAUGUGCAGUGCACAUGAAUAAGGGGGGGGGGGCAGUUCAAAGUGAAACAUUGCAAAUUACAUCGUAAUUGUCAACAGUGAAGUCUUCAUUUGUUUGAGGAUGGAUUGUGUUUUGAAUAAUGUUGAGGUGGUCAUGCAUGGAUGCAAUGGUGUAUUCUUCCUUUCGAUUAAAGCAAAUUUCAUCUCCUCUACCCCCCCCCCCCCAUGAACCUCAACAUUUUUCAACACAUGUUUCUUUCUCCACAAGGCUAUUAAAACUGCCCGAGGUUAUUUUUUUCAAAGUAGUUACUAUCUUGUGUUUGAUGCUUGUAUUAUGUAUUACUGGUGUCGGGUUACAAACUUUAUGAUAAUUUACAUGUAAUAAUAUUUAAGUAAGAAAAGCAUUAUCAAUUGUGAACGGUCCAUGGUAAAGAUCUCAAGUUAUAUAGCAUACACAUCAUUUUAGUUGAGGUUGCCUUGCCCCCAACCGGAGUGGGGGGGGGGGGCGCCCUACAUUUAUUCAUCUUAUCAUGUCGAAAGAAUGAAUGAAUGAUGCAAAUGCCAUAAGAAUAUGCAAUUUAACUGCUCUUUAUAGGUUAGCAGGAUAAUGUAAUGUUUUGUUGAGGUUUUGUUUCUGUUCUACUAUACUUCCAUUAUAUUCUGUUCAUUUUUAUUUCUAAUCACCACCCUAAAAUGAUUUAUACUCUUACGCACGCAUUGUGACUUUAUAAUUAUUAUACAGGUAAAUUGUUUUUCUUUAAAAAAAAUCCCCCCCCCCCCAAAAAAAAAAUCGAAAUCAGCUCCAUAUAUAGCCACCCUCAAUAUUAGUUUAAUAGUUGCAGAUACAUGUAAUAUGUGAAUUAUAUGCAAUUGCACAACGCUCUCUUCAGGUUCAUGUUAUUUUAAGGUUUUCUACAUGUAUUUUCUUUUAUGGCUGGAAACAUAAUACAUCACAUAGUGCAACAUUAAGUGUGUUCUAUUUCUCUAAUUUGAUAUACUUGCAAUUCAUUGUGAUAUCUUGCUAUUUUAUUCAAUAAUGUAAAGUCACAUGGAUUGGAAAAAGAGACCUUCGGUUGUAGUUAUUUAGUUUUUUCUUUUCUUUACCCCGUGUGACUCACUUCAAAUCUUACUGAGUUUUUUUCAUUCACUUUUUCCUGAUUUCGUAUUUGUCGAAUAAGUAAUAAUAAUAAUGAUUAUGAUAACCCUGCUAUGUCAAGAUUUUAUUUGUUUAAACUAUUAAACUCGACAUCAAUGA